AUGUUUAAACCAGAAAUGAUAGAAAAUGAAAAAGAUUUUUCAUGUUCUUAAGGACAUAAUCUACCUGUCGUUACUAUUGCACUUGAUCCAAAUAUAUCAAUGAAUUAAAGACUCUUAUGUACAGAAUGUUUAGAGAAUACAGACUUAGGUGCUAAAGUAGUUGGAUUAAAGAAAAUUAUUUCACUAAUUGAGGAAGGCUAGAUAAAAAAGAUGGAAAAAGUAUAAUAUUUAGUAACCAGCUAAAUAUAAUUAAUUGAGUAAUUGCAUUGCCUAGUAGAUCAAAUGAAAUCACUUGCUAUCUAAUAAUUUGACUAAUCGAUUAGUAUUUUGAAGGAAUGGAUUUAAAGCCUACAAUAAAAAGGAUAAUAAUAUCGUUAUAGUUUUUAAGAGGAAUUAUAAAUUAUGUUAUAAAAAUAAAAUAAAGCUGAUGAUUAAUUGUAAUUUUUAACCUAUGAAAUUUAAUAAAUAAAUCACUGUUUGACUUCCAAACUACACCCUAAAUUAGAAUAAUUUAAUACAUUUAAAGGCUAUACAAAAUGUAAAGAACUAUUAUCAAAUUUAGAAUUAUCUUCUUAGAAAUUUAAUAAAAGUUAAUUAUAGGAAUAAGGUUUUUAAUAAUAACCUAAUGAUGAAAAAUAAGUAAUAAUAAAAAAACACGAGAUCAGAUUAAAAUUAAUUGAUUAAUCUGUCAAAUAAUUGGAAUUAUGUAAAGUAAUAGUUUUUGAUUCUUCUGGAUCAAUUAUGAUAUCAACCCAAAUGUAUGAUAUUAAAGUGUGGAGUUUUCUAAAUGGAACAAUCAAAUUAGUAAAAACAUUGUAAGGACAUACUAGUUGGAUCUAAUGUUUAGUUUAUAGUAAAAAAUAGAAUUCGUUUAUUUCAUGUUCUUCAGACGAAACAAUAAGAUGCUGGUAAUAAAUGAACUAAACUGAAUGGAUUAGUUCAUAACCUUAUUAAGAACAUACAAAUUUUGUAAGAUGUAUCAUAUUAAAUUAAAAUGAGGAUUUACUAUUUUCUGGAAGUGGUGACAAAUCAAUCAAAGUUUGGAGGGUUGACUUUAAUCAAAAUUAAUUAACAUUUCUGUAUUCAUUAGAUAAACAUAAUGAUUUUGUUACAUCGUUAAGUUUAAACUAAUCAGAAAAUUAAUUAGUAUCUUGUGCAUGUGGUUAGAAUGAAAUUAUUAUUUGGGAAAGGACAGAAAAUGAUCAGUUUAAAUUCAAAUAUUUUGUUAAAUAAUCAAUUUAAGAAUAUGGGCUUAAGGUUAAGUUUAUUAAAGACAAUUAAUUUAUUUGGAUAACUGGUGGUAAACAAAUAGAUAAGAUUUAUGUAUUUGAAUUAGAAUAAGGAGUCUUUUAAGAAAACUAAGACAAGACAAUUCAAUUAACUAAAAAUGAGCAAAUUUUUGAUGAAUAUUGUUUUCCAAUUAUUUAUAACAAAGAGAGGAAUUUGAUAAUAGUAAGGCAUAAGACAUAUAUUUAUAUCAUCAGAGAAAUUAAUGAUGGUAACUACAAAAUUUAGGAUUAAUUGAAUUGUAACACAUACGAUAUUUAUGGAGCUAUCACAAAUAAUGGGUAAUAUUUGGUAUAUUGGGAUGACAAAGAGUAAGGAUAUUCAAUAUAUGAAUUAUUAAAUUAAUGA